UACCCGACCCGCUGCGGCCGAGCUGGGGGAGCCGAGCGUAACGGAGCUAGAGCCGGGCGGGAGCUGGGCGAGAGACCCAAGCGAGGUGGGGCUGCGGCCUCCCCCUAGGAGGCCAGGAUCCUGCUGCGCACUGAGGGCGCCCCGACCGCGCCCCUCGAGUCUCCCAGCUCCCACCCUCUUUGGACCUCUUGCAACCAUCCCGGCUCAGCACCGCCGCUCUUUGCUCUCUCUGGGACCAGCCCUUCUCGGCGCCCUUGUACCCUAGGGAGAUGCGAUGAGUUGGUGCCCCCGCGUCCUCCUCUCUGCCCCGGGCACUGUGCCCGCCGAGUGCCCGUGGUGGGGAGGGAGCACCCAGCGGUCCCUCCGAGACGCCCCUCGGGUGGCUCUCCCUUCAGCUGGAGUCCUUGGGCAGUGCCCCCAGGGACCCAGCCAGGGGGUGGGCUCUAGAACGAGGUGGGUGGAGAGGAGAAAGGACGGGGCCUUGGACGCCUCUGAGAUGCUCCCAAGCGCCAGGGGGUGCCGAGCGAGGUACAAGCAGCCAGGCAGCAGGCAUGAUGCCCUCGCCUAGCGAUUCCAUCCGCUCGCUGACCAGCCGGCCCAGCACCCGGGGCCUUACGCACCUCCGUCUCCACCGACCCUGGCUGCAGGCCCUACUCACGCUGGGGCUGGCCCAGGUGCUUCUGGGCAUCCUGGUGGUAACCUUCAGCAUGGUGGCCUCCUCCGUCACCACCACCGAGAGCAUCAAGAGGUCCUGCCCAUCUUGGGCCGGGUUCUCGCUGGCGUUCUCCGGGGUAGUUGGCAUUGUGUCCUGGAAGCGGCCUUUCACUCUAGUGAUCUCUUUCUUCUCCCUGCUUUCGGUGCUCUGUGUCAUGCUCAGCAUGGCUGGCUCUGUUCUCUCCUGUAAGAAUGCUCAGCUGGCCCGGGACUUCCGACAGUGCUCCAUGGAUGGAAAGGUCUGUGUGUGCUGUCCCCCAGUUCCCCUACCCCGGCCCUGUCCAGAGCCAGGGCAGGAACUGAAAAUUUCCCCUAAUUCCACUUGUGAUGAAGCCCGAGGGGCCCUCAAAAACCUGCUCUUCAGUGUCUGUGGGCUCACCAUUUGUGCUGCCAUAAUCUGUACCCUCUCUGCUAUUGUCUGUUGCGUUCAAAUCUUCUCUCUGGACCUUGUGCACACGCAGCUGGCCCCUGAACGCUCAGUCUCAGGCCCCCUGGGGCCGCUCACCUGUGCAUCCUCGCCUCCGGCCCCUCUCCUUCAUACCAUGCUGGACUUGGAAGAAUUUGUACCACCUGUGCCCCCACCACCCUACUACCCCCCAGAAUAUACCUGCAGCUCUGAGACAGACGCGCAGAGCAUCACAUACAAUGGCUCCAUGGAUAGCCCUGUGCCCUUGUAUCCUACUGAUUGCCCCCCUUCGUAUGAAGCUGUCAUGGGCCUUCGAGGAGACAGCCAGGCCACUCUGUUUGAUCCUCAGCUUCAUGACGGCACCUGCAUGUGCGAGCGAGUGGCUUCCAUUGUGGAUGUGUCCAUGGACAGCGGGUCUCUGGUGCUGUCGGCCAUCGGCGACCUCCCGGGAGGUUCCAGUCCGUCCGAAGAUUCGUGCCUGCUGGAGCUGCAGGGCUCCGUGCGCUCCGUCGACUACGUGCUCUUCCGCUCCAUCCAGCGCAGCCGCGCCGGCUACUGCCUCAGCCUGGACUGCGGCCUGCGGGGCCCCUUCGAAGAGAGCCCCCUUCCCCGGCGGCCGACGCGCGCCGCACGCUCCUACUCUUGCUCGGCCCCCGAGGCCCCGCCCGCGCUGGGCGCCCCCACGGCCGCCCGCAGCUGCCACCGGCUGGAGGGCUGGCCGCCUUGGGUGGGGCCCUGCUUCCCCGAGCUGAGGCGACGGGUCCCCCGCGCAGGCAGCCGCCCUGCAGCCGCCCCGCCCGCCCGAGCCCCCGCGCGGCGCUUCAGCGAUAGCUCAGGUUCCCUCACCCCGCCGGGGCACCGGCCGCCUCACCCCGCUCCCCCGCCCCCGCUGCUGCUACUGCCCCGGUCCCACAGUGACCCAGGCAUCACCACCUCCAGCGACACUGCUGACUUCAGGGACCUUUAUACCAAAGUGCUUGAGGAAGAAGCUGCCUCCAUUUCCUCUGCAGAUACAGGGCUUUGCUCUGAAGCCUGCCUGUUCCGCCUGGCCCGCUGCCCUUCCCCCAAGUUGCUCCGUGCCCGCUCAGCCGAGAAACGGCGCCCUGUGCCCACCUUCCGUAAGGUUCCCCUGCCCUCGGGCCCUGCACCUGCCCACUCUCUGGGAGACCUGAAAGGAAGUUGGCCAGGCCGGGGUCUGGUCACUCGUUUCCUCCAGAUGUCCAGGAAGUCACCAGAUCCCACUGGGUCAGGAGUCCAUGCACAUAAGCAGGUGCCCCGGAGCCCAUGGGACCAGCCAGGCCGAGAAAGCCUCCACCUCCGGAGCUGUGGUGAUCUGAGCUCUGGCUCCUCCCUGCGGCGCCUCCUGUCUGGUCGCAGGCUCGACCAUGGAACUCGCCCACACAGCCUCAGCCUCAGCGGGGGCAGCCAGGAGACCGGGCUCUGACCCGGAUUUUUUGUCAACUUAACAGAUCCACGUGAAUGCUGGGGCCACAAGCACCAGCCGGGUGGGACCAGCAGCCCCCAGCGCCUCUUUGCACUGGCUGGCACACGAAAACCUGCUGUAUACCCCAAAGUGCCCCUUUCCCUCCUACCUUUGGGGGCCUCUGCUGCUUUCUGCCCCUCUGAACUGGGACAGUUUCUGUACUGUGCUGCAUGGGAGUUCAACUACAGGGGAGGUGCCCUGCUUACAGUGUGGGAACAGAAAAAGCAUUAAGCUCCCUCCAGUUUGAGAGUGGCCGUUUGCGUUCUCAGGAGCUUGCUGGACAGGGAAAGGCAGCACAUCUUGGCAUCUAAGUCCAGGGGCAUUUGUGCCUGUGCAGUGGGGUGGUAAGGCAGGCAUGAAGAAUCAGAGAAAUCCAGGUGGCCUCAGCUCUGCCACCUCCAGCUGCAUGACCUUGGGCAAGUUAUUUAACCUCAUUUGCCUGACCAGUAAAAUAUUGUGAAGAUGAAUGUUUGUAAAGCUCUUAAUAUAAAAGUAAGCCUUCAAUAAAUUUCAAUUUUCCCCAUCUCUUCUGGAU